AUUAAACACAUAAGAAAGCAGCAGCCGGAUGGAUAAGAUUGCUAAACUGGACUAACGUUAUGCUCUCUGUGGGAUUUGCCUCAUUAAAAACAACAUUCCGGAGGCGUUAUCGCAAACUGCAGAUGUCGUUAAUCUUCCAGUCCGUCCAUGUACAUCUCCCAUGAGAUUUCUGCAUCUCUCGUAUCAACUUGUCAGAUGGACUCAGUCUCGCGCUAUUUAUGAAGAGCUCUCCCUGUGGGUGUCACAGGUCUGAUGCCGCAGCUGCUGUUUCCUGUGUUGAAGCACCACCAGAACGAGCCAAAGCCCAAUUUCGUUUCAGAGCCCCACACCCAGAACUGAAACACGGAGGAAUUUGAUGCUUGGACGCUGCCGUCCUGCAGAGGGGAAGCCAGCCGAGUCGGUGUGCCGGUGUAGCUGCGGGGAAGACCGCGGCGGCCCGUGUCUUGUGAAAGCGGAGAAGCGAGGGGCUGCACGUUAGGACUGAGAGACGCAGGGCACGAUUUCUCCAGGAGCUGGUGCUAGCUAGUAGCAGCUAGCUAGCUAGUUGGGUAAUAGCAGCAGGUAGAUAACCCAGAAGAAGCAGUAGAACAAUAGAAAUGUGUUUACUCCAAAAACUAUAGAUGCACCGGAAAGCGACCUGACUUUUAAAGAGCAUCUCGGCAUGAUACGGUUUAACGUUACCCAAAUAGCUGACUGACAUGCUACCGAAAGUAUACUAACUCUUUGCUAACGUUAGCUAGCCAAGUUACUAGCCACCAAGAGCUGAUCCUGUUGCUUUUUCAGACUUGAGUUUUGAAUAAGGAAAAGGCUAGAUUAGCAGCCUCCCAGCUCACUGCGGGUUAGUGCAUUCUUUGAGAAAGUCAUUUUAGGUUAUUAAUUGAAAUGGCUCCUAAAAGAAGACCCGUUCCCCUGAACAUAACGCCCAUCGGGGAAGGACAGGCCACCUCAAACACGAUUGAUGCUGCAUCUGAAGCCAACCUAGAGGCCUUACAAAAGAAACUGGGUGAGUUGGACCUGGAUGAACAACAGAGGAAACGACUGGAGGCCUUUCUGACCCAGAAAGCUCAGGUUGGGGAGCUGAAGGAUGAGGAUUUUGACCCCAUAUGUGAAUUGGGUGCUGGAAACGGAGGAGUAGUCAACAAGGUCCGCCACAAACCCUCGGGAUUGGUCAUGGCUCGGAAGUUGAUCCACCUGGAAAUCAAACCUGCCAUCAGAAACCAGAUUAUCAGAGAGCUGCAGGUGCUGCAUGAAUGCAACUCCCCCUACAUUGUGGGCUUCUAUGGAGCCUUUUACAGCGAUGGGGAGAUCAGCAUCUGUAUGGAGCACAUGGAUGGCGGAUCCUUGGACCAGGUCCUGAAGGAAGCCAGAAGAAUCCCAGAAGAAAUCCUGGGGAAAGUUAGCAUAGCUGUAUUGAGGGGAUUAGCCUACCUGCGGGAGAAGCACCAGAUCAUGCACAGAGAUGUCAAGCCCUCCAACAUCCUGGUCAACUCUCGCGGGGAGAUCAAGCUGUGUGACUUUGGUGUGAGCGGCCAGCUCAUAGAUUCCAUGGCCAACUCCUUUGUUGGAACGCGCUCCUACAUGUCGCCGGAGAGACUGCAGGGCACUCACUACUCGGUUCAGUCUGACGUGUGGAGCAUGGGUCUGUCCCUGGUGGAGUUGGCGAUUGGCCGCUACCCCAUCCCCCCACCAGAAGCCAAAGAGCUGGAGGCCAUCUUCGGACGUGCCAUUAUGGACGGGGCCGAGGGAGAGCCUCACACCAACAUGCAGAGGCCCAGACCACCGGGCCGACCCGUGAGCGGUCAUGGGAUGGACAGUAGACCAGCGAUGGCCAUCUUUGAACUUUUGGACUACAUUGUGAAUGAGCCACCCCCUAAACUGCCACUUGGGGUAUUCACCAACGACUUUCAAGACUUUGUGACAAAAUGUUUGAUCAAAAACCCAGCUGAAAGGGCAGAUCUGAAGAUGUUGAUGAGUCACACGUUCAUCAAAAGAUCAGAAGUGGAGGAAGUGGACUUUGCUGGCUGGUUGUGCAAAACCAUGGGCCUCAACCAGCCCAGUACUCCCACCCGCGGCACUGAGUGAACACGCCCCCACUGCCCUGACACACCUUCGGUCUUGCUUGCAUACACAUCAAUAUACUGCACCUACACGUACACAAGCCAUCCCACACAUUGGCACUUUUUUUUCUAUCUUGCUCUUGGGGAAAACAGUCUUCCCCCACAUUUAUUUCUUCACCAGCAGCAGGGCCAUUGAGUCAUUGUACUGAGUCAUUGUACCCCAGCUUCACCAUGCCAGUGUCAAGAGUAGCCACAGCUCAUGUUUCCACACUGCAACAGCGGAUGUAAAGCACUGAAGGGCUGCCAGUGUGUCAGCUGAAUUUGCAUUGAUUGACAAACUUCUUUUGUAUUGUUGAAUAUACUGUAUUCAUCUUUUCCUUUUUUUUUAUGGCAACAGUUGAUGGCUUGUGUGACUUGUAUUUUAACAAAUGACCUGCUGUAGAGAUUUCCAUACAAAGAAAUCCGAACAUAUCACCUACUUGCAAAUUCUAAAUUGGUUUUAUCAAAGGUGAAUGCACUUAUUUUGAUUUAAAAUCCCUUUGUCAAAUGUAUUCAUGGUAAAAUGACCAGAGACCUUGCAAUUCAAUGUAAUAAUUUAAUUGUUAGUAGAGAGUUCAGGACAAUUCUGUGUGUGUGUGUUUGUGUGUCUAUAAGGAGUCAUUUUCACUUUUUGGUAAAUGAGCGAUCACUCUAAAGAUCCUUUUUGUGAACAAUGUCACAAACCAAAGAGGGUACUCAUGACUAAAUGUUUUCUAUGCCUGAUCAGUUUUUUUUCGUAUGCAAAUUAAUGAACAGUAUAUUGGUGUAUUUUGA